UGAGUGGAGCUAUUAGUUCAAUAUUUGAAACCAAUGCAUUUUUUGUUGCCUUAUGUUAAUAUGGUUUCUUAUCCGUACUUCAAUGCUAUUUUUUACAUUAUGGGAGCUAAAUCGGAGAUGUAGGCUCUCCAAAUGAAUAUACGAGGUUUGUUCAUUGGUUCAAGAAUUUAUGGCAAACUAUAGGGCUACCUAAUCUGAGGUUAUGUUUAGUUUAUGUAAAUUCUUGGCGUGGUGUUUAGCCAGUUGAUAGCAAGUUUCUAAGAUAUUGAGAAUUUGAGAUGCUGCUUAUGAGCAUAGAAAUGGAUUUCUAGACAUCAUCAUACCUGCUUUGACCAAUUAAAUGGAAGUUGGCCUUUUUAACUUCUACAUGUGUUUUACAGUUAAGUUUUAUUUCGCAGAGCUCAUAGUGUGAGUUGAUAAAAAUGUUAUCUUUGCUGAAACUUGGACCAAAUGAUAUCAUUUGAGAUACAUCAGGCUUGCCCAAUCAGACAAGGUACAGGAAUUGGUUGAAGCAACUAGAACAAAGUUGCAUACUUUAGUGGCUUUAGAUAGUAGCUUUAGAGUAGCAGACUUUAUUAACAGUAUAUGUUAAUGUUUGAUUAAGUGUUUAUGCUAAUCUGAUUUUGUGUUAAUGAGUAACAUGGCAUAUCUGGAGGUGAUUAUGGAGCAGCAAAGGUGAUGCUUAGACCUGCUUCACCAGGUACUGGAGUGAUUGCUAGGGGUGCUGUGAGAAUUGUUCUUGAAAUGGCAGGUGUUGAAAAUGCUCUAGGAAAGCAGAUUGGAAGUAAGAAUGCCCUCAACAAUGCUAGAGCGACUGUUGUUGCAGUGCAAAAGAUGAGGCCGUUCCGCGAUGUUGCUCGUGAACGAGGAAAUCCCAGUGGAAGAGCUGUGGAAGUGAUGGUGCUGGAAGUAGCUUUUACAACCCCACCCCACCCCACCCCCCCAUAGAUUUUGUGCGAGAAGCCUUGUCAUUUGCUAAUGCAAUUCGGCCAAUUACAAAAUUCAAUCAUUUCGCUUUCUUAACUGUAGUUAAUGAAGGCAAAAAAUAUGUGUAUAUAUGUAUAGUCAAUGAAGCUUGUAUUCUUAU